ACAGAGGUCGGGAUCUGGGCGAUGGGGUUGUGGAACGGGGAGCAGUAUAGUGCUGGAACUGCCCCCCUGGGUACCCCUUUGGUUCUGAAGAGGAAGCCUAAGAGGAUCAUGGUCAAGCUGGACUAUGAGAAAGGAGAGCUCUCUUUCCAUGACUCCAGUGACAUGUCACUCAUCUAUAUGUUCGAACACAGGUUCACAGAGAGACUGUUCCCCUACUUCUUUCCCUGUCUGAACUCUGAUGGCACUAACCCUGGAGUGCUGAGGAUCUGCCCUGAGAAGGUGUCUGUGACUGUGACACCUGUUCACUAAGGAUAUAAUCUGGUGAUUCUAAUUUAUGAUCACAUACUGAAGCAUCUGUAUUGGUAAAGUCUGUCACAGUGACUCCUGUGUAUUGAUUUUUUCUGUCUAUUGUUUUGUCUAUUGAGGUGAAUAUCCUGAACUCCAGUGAUGACAGUGAUGUCUGUGAAACCAAUGUGUAUUUCGGAACUGUUAAUUAAUUUAUUGAGAGCAAGUGUCAUAAUUGAAUUCCCUACUUCUUGGUGUCAUGUUCAAUAAAAGUACAUAUUUUGUUUACUUUGAUUCCAUGCCUCAGUCUUUAAGUGAAGCAAGUCAACACCCAAACACUGGACAAGUUUGUCAGCAUUCCAGACAGCGUCAUCAGUCCCUAGCCCAGCCACCUUACGGUAGGUACACCAGCUCAGAACAAGCACACAUCUCUCCGUCAUGGCUGCCACCUGGACCCUGGAGGACGACAUGUCCUGCCCUGUGUGCUGCGAUGUUUUCACUGACCCUGUGGUGCUGGGCUGCAGCCACAGCUUCUGCAGGAGCUGCCUGGACAACUUCUGGAACACUCAGGUCAUCAAAAAGUGCCCCGUCUGCCGCCACCAUUCCCUAACCGCCACUCCACCCAGUAACCUGGCUCUGAGGAACAUCGUGGAGGCCUUUGUGAGGGAGAGGAGCCACAGUACCGCCAAGCAGGAGGAGACGAGAGAGGGGGAGAAGGAGAGCCAAGGAAGGAGGGAGUCAGGAGGGAGGAGUGGGUUGGUACAGGAUGGGGAUGAAAGGUGCAGUCUCCACGGGAAGAGGUUGUUGUUGUUCUGUGUGGAGGACCAGGAGGCUCUGUGUGCGGUGUGUCAGACCUCCAGGAGACACAGGAGCCACCAGCUCUGCCCUGUGGACGAGGCUGCUCAGGAACUCAAGGAGGAAGUGAAAGCAUAUAUCAUCCCUCUGAGGAGGAAGUUGGAGACAUUCCAAAAGUUAAAGGAGGAAUGCAUCAAAACAGCAGAACACAUCAAGAGCCAGGCCAAGCAAACAGAAAGGAAGAUAAGAGAUGAAUUUGAGGAGCUGCAUCACUUUCUGAAUCUGGAGGAAGUUGUUCGGCUGUCUGCCCUCUCUGAGGAGGUGGAGAUGAAGACAGUUAUAAUGGCAGAGAAGAUUGAACACCUGGCCAAGAAGAUGACCUCCCUGACCAGCAACAUCAGAGAGAUAGAACAGGAUAUAGAGGCCAACGAUCUUCCAUUUGUCCAGGCUUACAAGAACAACAAAGCAAGGGCCAACUGUACAUUGCAGGAUCCAGAACCUGUAUUAGGGGCAUUGAUAGACGUGGCCCAACACCUGGGCAACCUGAGGUUCAAGAUCUGGGAGAAUAUGCAGGAGAAGGUGCAAUACACCCCAGUGACUCUGGACCCCAACACUGCGGCCCCAUGGCUCUCUCUCUCAGACGACCUGACCAGUGUGUGCGUCAGUGGAGAGAAGCCUCACGUCCCCAACAACCCAGAGCGCUGUGACACAUGUGUUUGCGUGCUGGGGGCCGACCCCUUCAGCUCCGGCAGUCACUGUUGGGAGGUGGAGGUGGCGGGCAAGACCAGAUGGGACCUGGGGGUCCUAAGACAGAGUGUGCGUAGGAAGGGGGUCCUGAGUGUGAACCCUGCCCAUGGGUUCUGGGCACUGUCCCUGAGGGACGGCGGCCAGUACAGCGCCUGCACCAUGCCCUGGACCCGUCUCACACUGAAGAGGAGGCCCAGGAGGGUCAGAGUGUGUCUGGAUUAUGACGCGGGAGAGGUGACUUUCUAUGACCCCACUGACAUGUCACUCAUCUAUACAUUCAGGGACAAGUUUAAAGAGCCAUUGUUGCCCUACUUCUGUCCCUGUGUGAGUGACAGCGGCCGCAACGCUGAGCCACUAAAGAUAUGCCCUGCCAAAGUGUCAUUGGUUCAUGAUGUUGGUGAUAAGGUUUUGUAGAUUACAAUAUGUAUUUUUUAGACGAGACAUUGCUAAUGCAUCCAAAUGUCUCACAAUCUAUUAUUAACACAAUGGAUGUAUAUUUUCUAUAUAUAUAUGGAUGUUUUUUUUUAUAUAUAUAUGUGAAUGGAACAAUUCUUAUCCUAUAUAAUAUCAUAUGUAAUAUUUUCUUGAUUUGUGUCAAAUGAUAACAGAAAUUAAACAGAAAAGGUGAUCAUUACUCAGCAUUUGUGUUAAUAUUCUGUAAGACUGGUUCUAAAUGCUUAUGAAUUAUCGUGCUUAUAAAUGCUUAUAAAUGUGUCAACAUUUUACAAUUAAAAACGUUUAUGUUUAUGAAUAGCA